CACAUAUCGACGACCGAGGUGAAUGCCGCGAUUGAUCAAGCAAGGCUUCAUUGGGAUGAUCGGCAACACGCCGCUGAUCCGCAUUGGCAGCCUCAGUGAAGCUACGGGAUGCAACAUUUUGGCGAAGGCCGAGUUCUUGAACCCGGGGGGAUCAGUCAAGGACCGCGCCGCGCUCUUUGUUGUUGAAGAGAACGAGAGGGCAGGGCUGUUGAAACCGGGAGGGAUCGUUGUCGAGGGAACGGCGGGGAACACAGGCAUUGGCCUUGCUCAUGUCUGCGCUGCCAAGGGCUACAAGUGCGUGGUUUUCAUGCCCAAUACGCAAAGCCGGGAAAAGAUACAAGCGCUACAGUUCCUUGGCGCUGAUGUACGUCCUGUUCCCGCUGUGGCGUUCAGCGAUCCGUUGAACUACAACCAUCAAGCACGCGACUACGCGACAAAGACGCCCAACGCUGUCUGGACGAACCAAUUCGACAACGUCUCCAACCGCCUGGCACACAUCAAGACGACCGGUCCUGAAAUUUGGGAACAAACUGAAGGCAACAUCGAUGCGUUCACGUGCGCCACGGGUACAGGUGGCACCCUUGCAGGUAUUCCUCGGUUAUCAUCUUGUCUUCGCAACUGCACCAACGCACGAGCCAAACACCAGGAACGGCCAUUUACCUCAAGCAAAAGAACCCCAAUAUCAAGAUCGUGCUUGCCGAUCCUCCUGGCAGUGUCCUCUUCAAGUGUCUCCAAUCAUUCCAUGAACCCAUCCAACGUAUGUUGUCGUAGCUUCGUCAAGAAUGGUGUGUUGGAGCGUGAAGGCGCUGGAAGUGUCACGGAAGGCAUUGGGCAAGGCCGUGUGACCGAUAACUUGAAGGACUCGCCGAUCGACGACGCUGUGCACAUCGAAGACCGCCGGUCUAUCGAAAUGGUGCAGUGCUUCAUCUCGAUUGAUUGCUUCGUUUGGCACUGACUCAACGACGUUUCCAGGUGUUUCGUCUGCUAAAGGACGAGGGUAUCUUUGUCGGCGCUUCGUCGGGUUUGAAUGUUGCCGCUGCUUGUGAUGUGGCCAAGUCCCUCGGACGUGGCAGUACGGUCGUAACAAUUCUGUGCGACAGUGCUACGCGAUACCAGUCGCGUCUGUUCAGUCGGACGUGGUUGGAGUCCAAGGAGCUAUACGACGCCGUUCCCGAAGAUUGCCGACACUUGGUGUCAUUGCCUUAACGUCAUGGGAAGCGUACACUUGUAAAACGCGUAGACGACUUUGCUGGUGAGACUUUUCUGGAUUAUUCGUCACCAGUCGACAUCGUGGCUGCAUCUGCGAGCCAAGGAUGCCUCCUUGCUUGGUCCAAGGACCAUCGAGACGGUGCUGGGGCCAACAACCCAUGAAGAAACUCCUUCGCCAGAGGACUCACAUGACCACAAUCGUCCAAUCUACAACAAACUUCUCAAAUCCCGAGCUUUGAUGAGGACCCGU